AUGAAUAUUCUGAUCGCUCUUCUUCAUUUCAUUUGCCUCGUUGCGAUGAUCGACGCCGGCCGCCGUCGGUAUGAGCCGACGCGGAUUUAUGAGCGAGUGCCGGUUUACAAGAUUCGCGGACCACGUAUGCUGCUGGAGUGCCGCGAAGAGACCGAUUGUCCGGAUGAUCGACUUUGCGAUGAUGGCGUUUGUCUGAACGCCAAUGAGCUCUUCGAAAAGUAUCAUUAA